AUGGGAUCUAUCAAAAUUAUUCCCGAUACACGAGAAGUCUUUCAGUUGACUCAGCUGGAGAGGAUUGGUCCCAAAGGCUACCUUCGCUAUAUUUUCCCUUUCCAACUAGAAGCCAACUACGACCUUGAUGGAGUUGCUCGAGUUCUCCAGGUUGGCUACGAUGCCCUUUCCCGGAGGAUACCAGAAGUUGCUUGCGAAGCCAUUCCCGAUACCGAUACAAAGCAAAAGGGGGUAAUGAAAUUCCACCUGAUGGAGAAAGGCAGUGACACGCGUAUAGCUGUUAAGGAUUUACGCAAGUCUUAUCAACCUACGUAUGGAGAAUUGAAGUCGCAGUCUUUCCCCGUCGCCUCGUUCGAUGCCGAUACGUUUUGUUCGAGAUCGGUGUGGCCCUCGCCUGGAGAAAGACUCCCCAUAUCCUUGGUUCAAGCCAACUUCAUUCAGGGAGGCUUGAUACUUUCGUGGUCCAUCUUGCACAUGGCAGGCGAUGGAACAUCUUUUCAUAUAUGGACUAAGGUUUGGGCCGAGGAAUGUCGUCGUGCUCAGGGACUUGAGAUUUCUCAACCAGUGGAGCUUCCGGAUGCUAUCUGCAAAGACCGCGAAUCAGUGAUGAAAUCUUCGGGUCAGAACGAGGGAAAAAUUGAAGAUCACCCAGAGUGGACUCUCCUGCCCUUUACGCCACCCGGAGCGCCACCUAAAAUGGUGUCGCCCAAUCAUCGGGGGCAGGUUUUCUACUUCUCCCGGGAAUCUCUGAUAUCCCUCAAGGCAGAGGCUUCUCCAAGUAAUGCUACUAAGCCAUCGGGCCAAAAAUGGAUAUCUACCAAUGAUGCUCUCUCUGCGCUACUCUGGCGUACAGUGAUGGCAGCACAGUCCCCAUUGGAAUCUUUGGAAGGAGACCCUGUCUCUCUUUUCAAUAUUGCGAUUGACGGACGGCUGCGAACAAGCCCACCAAUACAUCCAGAUACACUGGGAUGCUUUCUAGAGUAUAUCGCAGUAUCGGCACCUAUUCGUGAAAUGCUUAGCUCUACAAAUCUUGCCGAUCUUGCGGUACAGAUCCGCAAAGCUAUUCUUCGGGCUGAUGAUCAAUUUAGCGAUGAUAUUGUGAGCCUUGUGGAGAAGGUUGAGGAUGUUGACAGGCUGGUUCCUACUGCGUUCUUGGACGUCCCUGGGAAUAAUUGCAUUUUGACCUCUUGGAUCAAUUUCAAAAUAUAUGACUUGACCUGGGGACCACUGCUGGGAACGAUCGACGCCAUCAGGACACCCCAUGUUGGCUGCAUCAAUGGGCUCCAAGUUGUCUUCCCCGUCCUACCAGAUGGUGGCAUAGAGAUUUUAGUCGGCGUUGAAGAGAGUUGUUUAGAUCGGCUGCUGAAUGAUCCCCUUCUCAAGAGAUUCGGUGUCGCACGCUAA